CUUUGCGGACGGUCCCUUGGCCGUCAGGCAGCUGAGGAGGCAAAGCGCAGCCGCUCCGUCAGUCUCAGUGCAACAUCACCGCUUCAAUGACAACGCACUUGACCCGCGCCAAGAAACACUUCCUACCAACUGCAAAAAACACACACACCUUUUUAGCCUUUCUCUCGAUCUGAGCUGGAUUACCCUUCACUCCGGGACUGAUCCUCGUAUGUUCUGGAGCAGAAGUGACUGUGAAACACCCAGCAGCUUCGUGGAAAGACCAUGAGGAGAUGACCGGCAGCUGUGACGGCUUGUAGCGCUGAGGCAAGUGUCUGCUGAUAACAGCAGUGGAGCUGACGGUAAAUGAGAGGCCGUCACCAUGCCCCCAGGGAAGUAUGGGAUGCAGGCGGAAUGGGAGAAGGAGGGGGACCAUAAGAUCAUGAUGGACUUCCUGCUGCCCACUGGGAUCUUCCUCAAAUUCCCUGUGUCUCGAAAUGAAACCAUCAAGAACAUCAAAAAAAUGGUGUGGAGAAACGCCGCCACCGAGCCCCUUUUCAGCGCGCUGGGGGAUUCUGAUGCGUAUGUCUUCACCUGCAUCAACCAGACCGCAGAGAGGGAGGAGCUGGAGGACGAGUCCAGGCGUAUCAGCGACGUGCUGCCCUUCAUGUGCGUUCUGAGGCUGGUGGCGAGGGAGGGCGACCGAGUCGAGAAGCUCACCAACACCCAAAUCAGCCUUUUGAUCGGCAAAGGUCUGCAUGACUUUGAAGCCCAGAAGAACCAUGAGGUGAACGAGUUCCGGAGUAAAAUGCGUUCGUUUUGUGAAGAAAAGGCCCUGGAGCGGCAGCUGCUGCCGUGGCACCAGUGGAUCGAGUACAGCUUCCCGUGUGAACUCGAGCCAUGCUCGUCCUUGCCAGAGUCUGGGAACACAAAGUCAAAAAACACCAAGAAGAUCUUUGUCAACAUCAAGUUUGAGGCUUCUGAUGAAAGCUUCAUGCUGCAGCAGGAUCCCCACGACUUCCCAGUCUCUCUGAUGAAGAACGCGCUCAAGAAGAAGGCCACUGUCUUCCGCUUGGUCCGUCAGGAGCCUGAAGACUAUACGUUACAGGUCAACGGGAGGUGGGACUUCAUCUAUGGGAAACACCCGCUGUGCCAGUUCAAAUACAUCUUCUCCUGUUUGAGAAACAGCCAAAACCCUCACCUCAUCAUGGUUCACUCCUCCACCAUCAACAAAUACCAGGAGGAGCAGGGCACCAUGUGCAGCCAGGUAUCCAAGAGCGGCUCCCUGUCCAGGCCUCCUCCUCUGCCCCUAAAGAAGCAGAACACCUCCUCUUUGUGGUCCAUCAAUGAGCCUUUCUACAUUCACCUGGUGCAGGGCAGCCGAGUCAACGCAGAUGAAGGAAUGAAGCUUGUGGUCCAGGCGGGUCUUUUCCAUGGCAGCGAGUUGCUUUGCAAGGUGGUGACAAGCUCGGAGGUGGCGGUGUGCUCGGAGCCUCUGUGGGACCAGAAGCUGGAGUUUGACAUCAACGUAGCAGACCUGCCCCGCAUGAGCCGCCUGUGUUUCGCUCUCUACGCUGUCAUUGAGAAAGCCAAGAAGCCCCGCGGCACCAAAAAGAAGAACAAGAAAGCGGACUGUCCAAUAGCCUGGGUGAACACCAUGGUUUUCGACUACAAGGACCAGCUGAAGACGGGGGAGUUCCUCUUGUCCACAUGGCCGUCUGUUCCUGAUGACAAAAGCGACCUGUUGAACCCAAUGGGAACCGUGGAGAAGAACCCCAAUGUGGACAGCGCUGCCGGCCUCCUCAUUCGCUUCCCCAACAUUCGGCCGCACCCUCUCUACUACCCGCCGCAUGACAAGAUAGGUGAUAUGGAGAAGAAUGGUGAUAUGUCUGUUGCCACUAAAGAAGAGUACAUGAAGCUCAAAGAAAUAAUGGACAACAAAAACUACACUGAGUUUUUUGAGGACGAGAAGGAGCUGUUGUGGAAGCUCCGGGCUGAAGUGCGAGACCGCUACCCCGAAAGUCUGUCCAAGCUGCUCCUCAUCACCAAGUGGAACAAGCGUGAGGACGUAGCGCAGAUGCUGAGUUUAUUGAGGAAUUGGCCAGACCUCCCUGCCCUUCAUGCCUUGGAGCUUUUAGACUACAGUUUUCCCGACCCAACGGUCCGUGCUUUCACGAUCCGAUGUCUCAGGAAGCUCAGUGAUGAUGAGCUGCUGCAGUACUUAAUCCAGCUUGUCCAAGUCCUGAAGUACGAGUCCUAUCUAGACUGUGACCUCACCACUUUCCUUCUCGAGAGGGCUUUAUCCAAUAAGAGGAUAGGACACUUUCUCUUUUGGCAUCUCAGGUCAGAGAUGCAUGUGUCGUCAGUGAGUUUGCGAUUUGGCCUGAUUCUGGAGGCUUACUGUAGAGGGAACAUCUACCACAUCAAAGUCUUAAGUAAACAGAACGAGGCGCUGGGCAAAAUGAGAGCCCUGAGUGACUUUGUCAAGACGGGCUCCCAGAAGAUGACAGCCGAGGACCUGAAGCUGUGCAUCAGACAGGAGUCCUACCUGGAGGCCCUGUCGGACCUGCUGUCUCCACUCAACCCCAGCAUCAUCCUCUCGGAGAUCUGUGCGGACAAAUGCAGGUUUAUGGACUCUAAGAUGAAACCGCUGUGGCUGAUGUAUAAGAACCAGUGGGUGCAAGGGGACAUGGUGGGCAUAAUCUUCAAGAAUGGAGAUGAUCUACGACAAGACAUGUUGACCCUCCAGAUGAUCCAGCUCAUGGAGAACCUAUGGAAGAAAGAAGGCCUGGAUCUCAGGAUGAUCCCGUACGGCUGCUUGUCCACCGGGAACAAGACGGGGCUCAUCGAGGUCGUGAAAAACUCCGACACUAUCGCCAACAUCCAGCGCAACAACAGUAACAGUGCUGCCACGGCUGCAUUCAACAAGGAUGCCCUGCUCAACUGGCUCAAAUCCAAGAAUCCCGACAGGGAUAAAAUUGAUCAAGCAAUAGAGGAGUUCACGCUGUCCUGUGCUGGCUACUGUGUAGCUACUUAUGUUUUGGGCAUUGGAGAUCGUCACAAUGACAAUAUCAUGAUCAGGGAAACUGGACAGCUAUUUCACAUUGACUUUGGGCACAUCCUGGGGAACUUCAAGAGGAAACUAGGGAUCAACAGGGAACGUGUGCCUUUUAUCUUGACUUAUGACUUUGUCCAUGUGAUUCAACAAGGAAGGACAAACAACAGCGAGAAGUUUGAGAGGUUCAGGGAGUGCUGUGAACGUGCCUACAAGAUCCUGUGUCGGAACGGGACUCUGUUUGUCAAUCUCUUUGCAAUGAUGAAGGCAGCAGGACUGCCCGAGCUCUCAUCCUUCAAAGAUAUCCAGUAUUUAAAGGACUCUUUAGCUUUGGGCAAAUCGGAGGAAGAGGCGUUGAAGAAUUUUAAAGUCAAGUUCACUGAAGCUCUGCGAGAGAGCUGGAAGACAAAAGUCAACUGGAUGAUGCACUCCUUGGCCAAAGAUAACAGACCAUGAAGAACACUGAACCAAGGGAACUUGACGAAAAUCACGGACAGUCAAAAGGGAAGAAAACGCACUGAAUUGUUUUAUUUUAUUUAUGUCGUACAAAGAAGCUCAGCAAAUGUUUACAUCUUGACUGGCCCUGCUCUCGGGAACUAACAUCGAACGGCAGGCAUCCAAAGACAAUAAUGUAAUCACGGAGCAAAGUGUCAACACACGCAGACGUUUAAAAGUCGCGAUGACAGAAACCCAUCACGCUCGUCUUUCUCUCAUCGUAAAAUAAAACGCCGCUGUCGUGGCGACGUGGCAGCAAAGAUAUUUAAAAUGCAUUGCUGAUGUGUUGAAAUCGCUAUCUGAAACCCACCUGCUCGAGCAAAAGCCUAAUAAAUCACAGCUGAAGCGGAGCCUGAACUUGUAUCUCACAGACUGUACUACACACACAGCGGGGAGCGCCAUCACAGAGCAACGGUCAUAUCAAGUCUUUGAUAUGGUUUACAUCACUCGAUGGCUGCCAUUUCGCACCGUUUCAACUGCAUCUUUUUUGUGUGUCUACUUUUUGUUUUAUUUAAUGUUAUUUUGAAGUAUGUACAAAGAUACGUUUGGGCAUUUUCGAAGGUACUUUGAAGAUACUGUUCUGUUUGACUAAUGUGCACAACUGUGUUCAUCUGUAAUACUGCCUUGAUGUAUGUCGCCUUCAGAGUGCCAUUGGAGGAGAAACAGUAACAUUGAAAUUUCAUUGUACCACACAAACCCUGGGUGCACAGCAAAUAGCCUAAGCUAGUAGACUCUAACCAAAUGCUGAACUUAAGCUUAGUAACAAAGGUACCAAAAGACAAUAAUAAAGGUGUGGGGCAAAUUAGGGUUCACAAAUCCAUUCAUUGAUCCAUUCAUCCAUUAAUUUGCAGGCCUUAGCAUUAGAGUCCGGGCCCACCAGAUACUACAAUCAAAUACAAAGUUGAGACAAUGUAUUGAGCCUUUAAGCCGGAUUUUUUUGUCUUUGUUGUAUUUGUGUUUCUCAAAUUGUAUUAAUGUACAUGUGGCCCGCUUGAAAACAUAAAUGUGGACGAACUGUACUGUUUAGGAUGAUGGUGGAUUUAUGUGUGCGUGUGUGUGUGUGUGUGUGUGUGUGUGUGUGUGCGUGCGUGUUGGUUUUAUGAUAUUUAAGUUAUGCACUGUCAUUUUGAUUGCAUUUUUUUUUUUUUAAACCAAUGUGCCAUUUUACUUUCAUUAGAGUGUCAGUCACCUCUGUAUUCUGGCAUAUCUAAUGCUCUUCAAAUGAAGCCAUUUAUGUUUUCAUUAUUUGAUGCACUCAGAUUACUUUACAUACCCUGCCAGUCGUGCUUGUAGAGGGAAAAGAGGGAAUGUUUUUAAUGAUGACAGAGUCUUUUGCAUUUUGCAGAUAGUUAGAUGAAAUGAUCUUUCCUGUUUGUACAAAUUUCUAUUCAGGAAUGAGUUUUAACAGAAGACUACACAUCAGCUGUAAAGUACAUGGCAAGCAUCUAUUGAAAUAUUCAGUGUGGAGCAGAGUCCAGCAGCAGGUCGAGAAAUGUCCCUCAGCGUAGGCAAAGCUAAAUACCUUCUGCUGCUUCAGGCUAGGAGGGCAGAGUCUCUUAUUAUACAGUAUGUACUAUUUUCACCAGUUGUUAAAUGUACUGCAGUUGCCUUUUGAACUGAUUGUAAUUCAUGAAUUAUGCCAAAUUCCACAAAACUUGAGAUUCAAGCUGGGCCUACAUUCCUGCGUGCAGCUAAAACAAAUGAACCUUCAUGUCAAUACA